CGGACGUGACGUCAGAGUCCGGCCCACCACAACAACCGGAGUCUGUCUGUCUCCCGUGUUAUGAAAGCUGCUGAGUGAAAUGUUGAAUAACUGCAGCUUCCUCGCCUUUACACAGCACCAUGUGCAGAGCUGAGGGACUUCCGCCGGUCUAGUUUUGCCCAAACGACAUUUGAAGAAAUAAAUUCAGCUUUUUAAAAGUUUGAGAAAGGAGAAAGAGGCGACAUGGCAAAGCGCAGAGAGUGUGCAGUGAGUGAGGCCGACGGUGUUACAAAGAAACUGAAGCAGGUGCUGAAAGAGAAGAGCAGCGGAGCGAAAGCUAGAGCGAAGAAGAAAGAUUCAGGUAAUGGCAUCACAGGGGAAGAGGAGAAGCUCGAGAAGAAGGUCAAACCCAAACCACGGUCCUCCACAAAACAAGCAACGUCCACAAAGACCACUACUGCCAAAACCAGUAAAUACUUCCAGUCACCAGUGAAGGAGGAGGCGACUGAUAGUGAGGAUGAUUUUGACAUGGUGACGUCACCACCACCGAGGGUUAGAGUGAACGCCAAGAAAACCGAGAAAGAACAUGAAGAAGAAGAGGAGGAGGAGGACAGUGAAGAGGAUGAUGACGAUGAUUGGGAGGAAGUGGAAGAGCUGGCAGAGCCGCUGGGUCCAGUAGAGCCACCAGAACCUGUCCUGCCCUCUCAUUCGGUUGAGAUAGAGAUCGAGACCCCAGAAGUCAGAAAAAAGAAAAAGAGGAAGGCAGAGUUUGAGUCGUAUCUGCGGCGGAUGAUGAACCGAUACCAGAAGGACCUGCUAAUAGACACACACAAGGUCCACCUCAUGUGCCUGAUAGCUGGCGGGAUGUUCCGCAACCGUCUGUGCAGUGAACCAGACCUGCUGGCCAUCACUCUGUCGCUGCUGCCCGCCCACUACGGCACGGUCGCUAAGGAACGUAUCGACCAGAACUACCUCUCCGGACUGCUCAAGUGGUUCAGAGCAACGUUCACCCUCAACCCCAGUCUUCCCCAUGAGGAGCGUCAGGACCCCCGCGCUCUGCUGGAGAGACGGCUGGCCAGCCUGUCAGCCAGAAACCACCAGGAAAUGACUCAUCUGUUCCUGUUGGUCCUGAGGUCUCUGCAGCUCUUCUGCAGAUUGGUUCUUUCUUUGCAGCCGAUUCCUUUCAAACCCCCUCCAGCCAAGGGCAAAGGGGCAAAAAUAUCUGCUGGUGCUAGAAAGGGCAACACAACACAAGAUGCCUCCAAGACCAGCUCCCCUGAGCAGAAGGUCUCUCCUGGCACCAAGAGACCAGCAGGAGGAGGGAAAACCAAGGGAGAAAGAGGAGGCAAGAAAGCAAAGAGGAAUGAAAUGAAGGAGGAGGAUAAAGAGGAUGAGGAGAAGAUUAUAAUAUCAGGAGGGCAGAGACCAAAGAACUCAAAACGCCGCAGCAUUGCCUCAAAGGUCAGCUACAAGGAGGAGAGCAACAGUGAAGUGGAGGAGCUUAGCGAUGACGAAGAAUUUCAGGUGACCAGUGAUGAGGAGGACAGUGCAGAUUCAGAGAGUGGGGCUAAAUCUACAAAGAAGAAGGGAAAGGGGAAGGGUAAAGCCAAAGAGACCAAGAGCAAGAGAACCGCAGCUCCCAAGAGAAGAAGUGGUGGAGGGAAAACACAGGUCAAGGAGGAGGAAGAGGAGUGGGAGGAUGAGGAGGAACAAGAAGAUGAGGGAGAACGAACGACGAGCAAUGGAACAAAAGGAAGGAGUGGGAAAAAGAAGGAGGGACCUGGAGCAGAUGAGUGGUUGGAGGUGUAUCUGGACAAAAGUUCCUCCUGGGUAUGCGUGGAUGUCGAGCAUGGUGUCGGGAUGCCUCACCUCUGCUCCCAGAAUGCAACAGCGCCUCUGACGUAUGUGGUGUCGGUGGAUGGGGACGGGUUUUUGAAGGACCUAGGUAAGAAGUACGAUCCCACCUGGAUGACGUCGUCCAGGAAGAGGCGGGUGGAUGAAGAAUGGUGGGAGGAAACACUCGAACCUUUUCUGGGACCCGAGUACGACAGGGACCUAAAAGAGGACAAGGAGCUCCAGAACAAGCUGAUGAACAAACCACUGCCCAUCUCAGUUGGGGAGUAUAAGAACCACCCGCUGUACGCCUUAAGGAGACACCUCCUGAAAUAUGAAGCUAUCUAUCCUUCAACAGCCACUGUACUGGGAUACUGCAGGGGAGAGCCGGUGUACUCCAGGGAUUGUGUGCACACCCUCCACUCCAGAGACACGUGGCUCAAAGAAGCACGAACUGUCAGACUAGGAGAGGAGCCGUACAAGAUGGUGAAGGGUUUCUCUAAUCGUUCCCGUAAGGCCAGGAUGGCGUCUGAGACAAAGAAUGAGAAUGACCUGGCUCUGUUUGGAGAAUGGCAGACAGAAGAAUACCAGCCACCUUUAGCUGUGGAUGGGAAGGUUCCCCGUAAUGACUACGGUAAUGUCUACCUCUUUAAGCCCUGUAUGUUGCCGGUGGGCUGUGUUCACCUCAAGCUGCCCAACCUGCACCGCGUGGCCAGGAAGCUGGACCUCGACGCCGCCCCCGCAGUUACAGGCUUUGACUUCCAUGGAGGAUACUCACAUGCUGUGACUGAUGGUUACAUUGUGUGUGAGGAGCAUGAGGAGAUUCUCCGAGCAGCCUGGGUGGAAGAUCAAGAGCUUCAGAAACAGAGGGAGAAAGAGAAAAGAGAAAAGAGGGCAACCUCUAACUGGACUCUGCUGGUGAAGGGGCUCCUGAUCAGAGAACGGCUUAAACAACGCUACAGCAAGAAGAACCAGGGUUUGGGCAGCCUCGCUCAAGGAGAGACUGGUGGGCUUUCAUCUGACGAGGAGGUGGUUGAGGGCAGAAGUCCUGGAGCUAAGACUGCCUCUGAAACCCUGGCCAUGUCCUGGCCCCAAAACAGACAAGCAGAGGAGGAAGGAGGGGGCGUCAGCGGACUGAAGAAGAAGACAACAACAAAAAGGGAAAAGAAAGGACAAGAGAAACAUUUGUUCCCCUUUGAGAAAGUGUGAUGUCGACAAUCCAAAACCACACUACGGUUGAUAACACUCUGCUCUCAAAAAAGUACAUGGCUGACUGCUCCUUAUAUUUGCUCUGGAAGAUGUUCAUAUACCAUGAUGGUAGAAUGAAGUGCGUCUCGGGUGGAAGAGAUUUGAAAUUGAUUUUUGCAAGUUUGGUCAACACUGAUACCUUUCAGUGUAACACUAUAAGCAGGGGAGGAAGACUGAAAGAAAGAGGAAAGAAGGCAGCUUCCCUGAAGAUUGAUCCAUUCCUUCCAGUCGUGGUGAUUGAUGCAUUAAACCAGCUCAUAUGCUGUUUUGUCAGCUUUUUGUAUAAAAGCUCAACGGAUAUUCAUUAUAUAGGAAGACGUGUUGACACACGUGCUCUUGUGCAGAACAGAACCGAGUUAAAGAGAAGAAACUCUAUAUGAAUGCGAGAACAGGGAAGUUUUCUUACAGUUUCAUGUAUGUAUAAAUGUGACGUAAAGACACGCUGCUGAACUCCUGUGACACGUUUAGCCCUCGUGCAAGUAUUAAAUCAGCUGAAUGCUCCUGAUCUCGACUAGUUCAAUGCUGGUUUGAGCUUGCUGGUCAUGGUUUCCAUUUCAGUUGAGCACACAGAAUGGCACACACAGCUUUUGUCGACUCAAACUGAUGGAUUGUGUCACGAGUAAACACAGAUACCCCAUGUACAAACAACACUACAAACAAUAGAGCUAAUAAACUUAUUUCCCAUGGCUUGUAGUGGCCAAAUGGAGAUGGAAAACUGCCAGCCCUUAGAAAGCUGUGAAACGAUCUCUGCUACCAGCUACCGUCUCAUUUCAUCCCAUUCCUUUAAAGCAGGUUCGCCUGACUGGACAUUGUGACUGGCUCAACUGUUCACCAUGUAACCUGACCCCAUGAAAAAAGAAACUUGUACGAAUGUUGUCAGGUGAAAACUUUGUAUCUCCUGGUUGUUAUGUUUUCAACAAACACAGCCUUGUCUGUAGCCACAGUGCUGUGUUGAGUCGAUUGCAGCAGUUUUGGGUAUUAAAUGUUGAGUUUAACACACGAAAUCACUAAACCGCAGAUAAGAAGUUCCUAAUUGAUUCCACGCACACACAUUCUUGAUAAAUACAGUUACUUAACUCAGGCUGCAACUUCUUAUUCUGUCAGUCUCUGUAUCUAUUUCACAUUUAUGUCUGUAAACGUGUUAAGAUGAUCACUGUAGUUAGAAUGGUAAACAAUUUCUAUGAAUUAUAUUUUCCUAAGAAAUAUAAGUAAAAAUACAAGUAAAAAAGCAAAGCAACCUAAA